GCACAUACACAUACAUAUACCUGACUCUGAGUGCGCCGUAAACGCUGCAGCACAUACAGGACACCUACCCGCGCGCAUGGUAAGGACGCGCGCAGUUUUCACGAGGAUUCGUAAACUGUCUCCAGGCAACCAAAACCUGACGAAACUCAUGUCGCCCCUCCUCUAAUGAUGAUAGGGCCACACAUAGUCUACGUGAUGUCUAUAGACCUGUGAUGAAGUAAAAGAUCUUAUUGAAAUGCGUCGCUCUAGUCACAUGAACUUUUGGGAGAGCAAAGUACCCAACAUUUUGUUGACUGUGUGCGCAUCAAGAUUGUACCAGGUUCAACUCAGGUUGACCUAUUCACAAACGGACAUACUUUGAUUUUGUAAAAAGGCACACGCGCUCCAUUCCGUGAUCCAGAGGAGGAACAAAACGUGACCUGACCUCACCUUGUUUUCAACCGCCUGAUUGUAUUGGCCAUAAAGGGAUGGCAGCAGGCUGUGAAUACCUGCUCUCGCAUGCAGCCUAGACAUCAGCCUGGUGGCAAGAUGAGACUCGCCUGACUGGAGUUCCCCAAUCUUCCCCAGACUGCACACUCCCUGUUUUACUAUUCUGUCUCUUCUUCUCGCUCCUGUGACCAAACCAUGGACCCGGAGACACCUCCGUUGCCGAUGAUCCAAGUGGAGGAUGUGGACGGGCCGGAUUGUCUGGACGACUUGGACCCCUCCUCCUCGGACGACCACCUGCGGACGCUGAAGGCCCUGACUCAAAAGCUGAGGCUGGAGACGCGUCGGGCAUCUUAUCAGGAGUGGAGGGACCAAUUGGAGGCCCAGAGCGCCAACAGAGGGCUCACAGGGGUCACGGACGCGGGGGCAAAGACACGCUCGGGGCAGAGCGGCAGCAGCCGCAGCAGGGUUUCUACAGAGGACGGCCAGGGGGGAAGUGGUGCUCUGGGUGAGGACGACACAGGAGACACCAUUCCGGCCUCACGGAACCUGAAGGGGUUUGGGAAUAUUGACGAGGCACUCGAUUGGUUGCGGAAGGAACUGAAAGACAUGCGUCUGCAGGACCAGCAGCUGGCGCGGCAGCUCAUGCGUCUCCGCGGCGACAUCAACAAGCUGAAGAUCGAGCAGACGUGCCACCUGCACCGCCGCAUGCUCAACGACGCCACCUACGGGCUGGAGGAACGAGACGAGCUGUCCGACCUGCUGUGCGACGGCCCCGUCACGCCAGGCUUCGGCCUCUCCGCGCCCCUGCGCCUCAUCGGCGUCACCAAGAUGAACAUCAACUCGCGCCGCUUCUCGCUCUGCUAGCAACAGGCUAAAACAGGGGGUCUCUGGCCUGCUCCAGAGGGCUCCUCAACACGACAACAACAACAACCAUAUAGCAUUCAUAAAGUGCUUUAUCAAGGCGGCCAAAAUGCUUUACAGUGAAGGUCGAACCUCACAAAACACCACCAUUGUGUAGCACCCAUCUCAACACAAAACUCACAAUCUUCUAUCACUGACAAUUCCUCCAUCUAUACCGGGUCUUAUCACACCUCGUUUGAAGACUGUAUAGUCUACAAUCUUCUGUCUAGACCUGGCACAAGCACAUUUGGUGUGAAGACGUUUGGUGUUCACAUUCUUCUAUCUAUACCUGGUUCAAGUUUUUGAAGACUGUGACACAAAAACUGUUCUCAGUUGGGUCAACUGGCAUGUCUUGGCAUCCUUCCCUUCUCUGUUUACCUGAUUAUUCUCAUCAGUGGCAAUCCAGGUGAGCUAAACACAUGAUUUAGCUCAUGGACCAUUUUUAUUGCACUGCUUUCAACCAAGGGUGCUUGUAGAAAGCGUAGCUGGAGUUGGGCUGGUUGGAUUGAAAAACGCCUGGAAAAGAAAUGUGAAUUGGACAGAGACACGACAGCAUUCACAUACAGAAAAGCCUUAGAUCUCCUCCUUAUUUGCAUGCAAGACAAGAGUUGAGUCUGAGUUGCAUGUGCGUCUUCAAAUUCUCCUGCUUCAGAUCUGCAGGCUAGAAGUCCAUUUUGCUGUAGGUCUGACCGUAGGAAACAGAUCAGGCCCUGAUCAGCGAGCGAUCCACUGGAUCACCGUGAUCAAGGAUCCAAUGGAUCAAACGGACGCUGAAAUAGACUGAGCCGAGCACUGUGUCCCCUGCCAUCUUUGCUGAGUGUCAUACUGGCCCUCUCACAGACAGUAGCUAGGCACCCUCCCACUUCCCGCUCUUUCUUUCUUUCUUUCUUUCUUUCUUUCUUUCUUUCUUUCUUUCUCUCUCUCUCUCGCUUUCUCUGUCUAGAUAGUACAAACUUGUGGCUAGGGGAUCUUCAUGGAUGAUUGCUUCAUUAGCAGUGGCCCCUUGUGUAAAGCCCAGUUUGUGUAGCUUGUUUGCCUCUCAUGGGUCUGCCUUUGACUUUCUGCUGACUAAAGCCUUAAUGGUACAUAGAGAGAACCUCUCUAAUGGAGGCACACUUUUUAAAUGCACAUUCCAAAAGGAUGAAAUGCACAUGUGUUGUUUUGUUUUGUUUGUCUACAAUUACUUUCAUUAAUAUAAAGUAACUUUAUUUUUGUUUAUUUUUACGCUGUAUCCUCUGCUAUUC